CAAUGGUGCAUUGUGGGAUGCAAAAUGGCGCAAUCGUGUUGUCAGCAAAGUAGCCAACCAGUUGUCUCUUACAGCCAUACAGUUAUAUUUACAAAUAAGUACAGUCGAUAAAGUAUUGCUAAUAAUUGUGUAUCGAAUAUCACUUUGAUAAACAGCAACUUUUUAUUGCAUUCGCCUCUUUUUGUCGAGACAACAGCCACCAUGUCCAGCAAAGUAGACACAGUGAAAAGUGAGUCCAGUAUAAGAAGUUUUGAAAGAAAAAGUACUACUACUGAGUCUGCCACAAGAGGAAACGACAGAAGAAGUACUGAGUCUGCCACAAGAGGAAAUGACAGAAGAAGUACUGAGUCUGCCAUAAGAGGAAACGACAGAAGAAGUACUGAGUCGGCCACAAGAGGAAACGACAGAAGAAGUACUGAGUCUGCCACAAGAGGAAACGACAGAAGAAGUACUGAGUCGGCCACAAGAGGAAACGACAGAAGAAGUACUGAGUCUGCCAUAAGAGGAAACGACAGAAGAAGUACUGAGUCUGCCACAAGAGGAAACGACAGAAGAAGUACUGAGUCUGCCACAAGAGGAAACGACAGAAGAAGUACUGAGUCUGCCACAAGAGGAAACGACAGAAGAAGUACUGAGUCGGCCACAAGAGGAAACGACAGAAGAAGUACUGAGUCUGCCACAAGAGGAAACGACAGAAGAAGUACUGAGUCUGCCACAAGAGGAAAUGACAGAAGGACUACUGAGUCUGCCACAAGAGAUGACAGAAGAUCUACAAGCACAGGGAAAGAAAAAAGGAAAACGAAACGGAACCGCAGUAGAUCAUCUUCCUCAUCCAGCUCAUCAUCCUCGUCAUCCUCCUCAUCCUCAUCCCGCUCUUCAUCCCGCAGUAGGAGUAGUUCCAGCAGCAGUGAUUCCCACAGCAAAUCCAGAAGGAAUUCUAAGAAAAGGAAAAAGGAAAAACAACACAAGAAGAAAGGGAAAAAGGAGAAGAAGCAUAAACGAAAGAAGGACAAGAAAAUGACACCAGAGGAGGAAAGCGCUGGACCUGGACCUAUUCAGAUCUCCAAGUAUUUAAAGGAGAGGAGGAGAAAAAGCAAGUACAGCAUGAUCACAGGAAAGAAGAUCAAAAUGAAAUUGAAGAAGUCCAAGAAAGACAAGCUGAGGGACAAGAAUCGCGCCGAACUGCUCGAGUUCCUCAACUCCACGUUGUAAUGCAAAGGCCGUCACCGUUGGUUAUGUUCCAGAACCUUCCAAUUUUUGUCCAGAACAGAACUCAGGGAAAGACGACCCUUUUGAUUAAGCUCUGAACUAACAUCCAUUUACAGGGUUAUUAUUAUCACUGCAAGAGAUGUGGGACAUGGCCUGUUAUCUCAAAAUGACAGAAUGUGCCAUGUCUCUCUUUUAGAAAAAGCGUGCUGUCACUCCUGUGGUUGUCGGCCCCUUUCUUCAGACCAGUAGAGACUGCUGAAGGGAGAACAGCUCAUAAUAAUGGCUGGAACGGAGCCAAUGGAAUGGCAUCAAACCAUCUGUAUUCGAUGCCAUUCCACCAAUUCCGCUCCCGCCAUUACCACAAGCCCGUCCUCCCCAAUUAAGGUGCCACCAACCUCCUGUGCUUCACACUGUUUGUAACUGAUGUCUGUGUGUUUGGUCUUUAGAAUUGUAAUUUUACUAUAACAUCAAAGGAGCCAGUCACCGACUUUUUUUUCAGUAUGUUUGCUGCACAAGGUGUUGCUAAGCAAGAUAGAACAGUGUUGCUGUGGUGGAGACUACAGAUCAGCAAAGAUCUGAGUGAUGAACAACAUACCUGGGUUCAAAUAGUAUCGGUUUUCUUUUAAGUACUUCAGUUGAUUAAGCUUGCCCGGCACAAUGAAACAAAAGGAAAAGUGCCAACCCGUCCAUCUUUCACGCCAGCAGGCUCAAGCACUUAAAGUAUUUGAAAGCAAAUACUAUUUAAACCCAGGUCUGAUGAACAAAGAGAUUUGGGUACAUUUUAUUGUAACGUAAUCUGUCAAACAGAACACCAGUCCGGCAUUGCAUUGUGUUUGAUGAUCCAUGUUUUUCUAGUUGUUUUAAGAAGGUUCAAAACAGUCCUGCAGCUAAACUCGGGUACCCUGGAAUGUUGUUAUUGUUAGAUAUAUUGAUUAUCAGAGAUUAAUGUAUAGUAUGUACAAAUCUGAGACUGGAAACUGGAUGUCAUCACAUGUAAUACUAUAAAUCAAUAUUAUUUUGGAUGAGCUUUUUAUAUUUUGUGAAGCCCACUUGAUGUGGCAAACUGCUACAGUCCACCCAAUAAAACAGCGCUUCUCUCAACAGCAAUAAACUGCUGCUGUUUAUAGAGAUUCUUUACAAUAGUCAUCUGAAAUGUUACAGUACAAUCAAGCAUCCAUUCCCAUUGUGUAUGAAUUAUUGCUGCCAUUGUGUGCCUCUUAUGAGACACGGUUUGUCCUGUAUCCAGGCUUUGUCAAUCUUAUUGGACAAGGCAAAUAGCCCAGGCUCCUCAACCUUGGUUGCUGAGCAAUAAAACGGUGCCUUUGUGGUUACCACUUAGCUUUUCUCAUGCUUACCCUUAGCUUUGAUGUGGAUUUCUAUGCUUUUCUACUGAGAAAUUGCCAUAGGAAAGUGAUUUGAAAUAUUUGCCAUUUGAAAUAUUUGCACAGAAAUUGUAUUUUGCCGAUAAGUCAAUAGCAAUAAAGUAAGACCGACAACACAAAGAGAUCAAGAUGCACUGUAUUCCAACUGUAAAGAGCUAGAACGAAGAUUGAUAUAAUCUACAAUGUCAUGGUAACCACUCCAAUAGAGUAUUCAGUUUGCUGUUGAUUUUUCAAGUUAUAAAAAGGUCACUAAAAAGUCAUGAUUAGCAGCACUUCCCUUUACAGUGCCAAAAAAUGCUUGAGAAUAAAACAGAACUUGUUGAUUGUU